AUGUCUUGUAUUGUACCAGAAGUUUGUGAAGCGAUUAUAGAAGCAUUGAAAGAAAACAUUAAGAUGCCAACAACAGAGUCAGAAUGGAUCCAGAUCUCAAACAGAUUGGAUGAAUUGUGGAAUUUUCCCUAUUGUGCCGGAGCCAUGGACGGUAAACAUGUCAUUCUUGAGGCUCCGGUACAUAGUGGCACAGAAUAUCGUAACUACAAAUCGAAUUUCAGUAUAGUGAUGUUUGCUUUAGUAGACGCGGAAUAUAAUUAUAAAUUUCUGGAUGUCGGAUGUCAAGGCCGAAUUUCAGAUGGUGGAAUUUUUAAGGAAACUGAAUUAUAUAGAAAACUAGAAAAUAAUUCGUUAAGAUUGCCUGCAUCUGAAGCACUGCAAGGUAGAAACAAAGUAGUACCAUAUGUUUUUGUAGGAGACUCUGCCUUCCCUUUACAAAACAAUGUAAUGAAACCCUAUCCAGGAGAAUAUCCCAAGGGAUCGCCGCGAAGAAUUUUUAACUACCGGUUAAGCAGAGCUCGCAGAAUUGUAGAAAAUGUAUUUGGAAUUACAGCAUCUGUGUUCAGAGUUUUACGAAAACCUAUGCUCCUUCAGCCCGAAACCGUGGAGACUAUAGUCAUGGCUAUUGCACACUUGCAUAAUUUUUUGAGAAACACGGAUUCAUCUAAAAACUUGUAUACACCCCCUGGAUCACUUGACAGUGACCAAAACGGAAGAUUAUGUGAAGGUAGUUGGUGGAGAGAUACUGAAAUGUCAUCUUUACUUCCAUUGAAUAAUGUACCUAGAAGGGCUGCCUUAACAGCAAAACAAAUUAGAGAUGAGUUUGAUGACUAUUUUAUGAACAAGAGUACAGUUUAUUGGCAGAAUACAUAUUGUUAA